AGAUGGAGUUUUGGAGUUGUGCUUUAUGAGAUAUUCACCGUAGGUAAGAUACGAUUAGAAACUACUCUUAACAGCCAUGUGCUCCCACCCCACCCAACUCAAUCCCCCCUCCCCUCCUUCCAUUGUACUUUUGUCUCAUCGAUUUCGAAUACCAAAUAAAAGAAUGAAUCUCUUAUCAGAAAUUCAAAGGGAAGAAGACAGUGCUCCCACAAGACCCUUUACUUUCUCAGAACUAGAGUCAUUGCUUCAAAACUACGAAAAAGUACAGAAGAAACCAAGAGCCUGAUACCUUGAAUAACUUAUUCUUUUACUGCAUUACCUGGGUUAUCUUGUUUGGCAAUUUUAAUUGUUGUUCUUCCUUGAGGUAUAAUGAAAACCAGUUUUACGCGAACUCAGAACACAAUUACUACCUUUUUUAAUUUUAAAAUAUAUUUUUAAGGUGGGUCACCUUAUCCAAGAACUGAAGGAAGGAAAAUGUAUUCGCUCCUCAGUCAGGGCUACAGAAUGCUCAAGCCGAGCCACGUAGAUGACACUCUGUAAGUAAAAACAAAACAAAACAAAACAAGCCGAGACAAAAUUAAAACAAUCAGUGACUCCAAUAUCAUAGGAAGUCUAGUUUCCCAUAGGCUACAGAGAUAAUUAUUAGCAGAAGAUUGAAUGUACAGUGUAAGUGGAUUGUAGCUGCCUUGUUUUCAGCUAUAUUUAAUUUUGAGGCUUAAAUAUUAGCCUUGCACUUCUGACAGGAAACUACCAUGUACCACAAUUUAACCUUUAAUCUUAAGUGAAAUGAAAUUACCAAAUGAAUAGCAUUACCAUUCUAGCAAUAGGCGGCUCUAAGAUAUCUCAUAUAACGUGUUGCCAGUUCUCUCCAGUUUUGGCUACAAGAUCAGUAGCUUGGAAAAACAAUUAGGACCAAGCAUGGCUAAAAAGCUUUCAUUAUAGCUGCUACGAGGAUUUCUUUGAGUCGUUUAGUUUAUGGACUGCGCUAAUGCUUUAAUAUUUAUCUUCAGGUACCAGAUUAUGCUUAGUUGCUGGCAAGAGGAUCCCGAUAAUCGUCCAACCUUUGAAAUACUGGGACGCAAAUUAAAGGAAAUGGAAAAUCAACACAAGGUAUAAGCAACACUAUCGCAAAAAAGGCACAGUUCAGGGAAAAGAGAAAUUUGGACCUUCUACCUUAGGAACUUGUAUUAUGUUUUAGUCAAAUGUUUUGGUCCAUAAUCACCAUUUUUUGGAGGGUCCGCAACAUUCUGUUUGCUUUUGAUGGUAAUUUCGAAAUAUGUACGCAUGUUUUAAAAUAUAUGUACCUUUCAUAUCACGAUGAUGUUACACCCAAGGGUAGGAUAAAUACUAGUUAUGCAAUGCCUUCUAAGGCAUUAUAUCGUGAAAUGUCCCACGAGUGACUUGAUGUUUCUUAGGCCUAGGCCAAACGUCGAACUUUUCAUGAGACGAACCAAACUCCAAUUUGGUUCAACCUAAACUAAGUUAAGAUCGUAUGUUGAGUCACCCGUCGAACUAAGGACGGGUCGAAACCAAUCAACUGAAUCAGACCAAAAAGCAAAUUUAGCCAUUUAGUGAUAAGUUUUCUCCCGGAAGAGGCUAAAUAUACAUUAUCUUACAAAUAGAGGUUUGUCCCAAAUGUAGUCUGUCUAUAACAAUGUCCAAAUGAUCGAUAGUUUGUCAAUGAAUAAAGUUCGUAUUCCUCUGUCUACUUUACCUGCAUCCUGAAGUAAAUAGCAAGACCGCUGUCGAAUGCUCCUGACGCGAUUUCAGGUAGUCUUUUUGUUUCGAAGUGCAGGUGCGUAUCCGUAUCAGUCUUCGCAGCUUUAUGGUAAACUGUUUUUUUUUGUUGUUCUCGGCUGGAAAAUUCCCAAACUUGUUUGUCCGUUACAUUGUCUGCUUGAUUUCUUUUUGUAUUACUAUUUAUCUUGGACUUCCAAAAAGUCCGGAUGGUAAUUAAAACUCGUAUAGCGGAGCUCUCCAGUGGAGCACCAUGGGUAAGAAAAUUUGGUUAUUCAUGCAUGCGAGAAAUUUUGGUUGUCACGUGACCGAACGCCCUUCCGCCCGUCCACCCGUCCUUCCGUCCGCACCACAGGGUAAUCAAUGUGAAAUGAUCUGUUUUCCUGUGUCGAGGCUGCAACCUGUGUUUAACUUGAUGGUAAACGUCGAUGUUAUGGUCAUCUUGGCCACCCGCACUUUUAGAAAAAGAAAAACAAUAACAACAACAAAGGCCGAGUCUUAAAAGCGAGAGAUAAAACAAAAACCAAAAAAAAGUCCAAUUUGAAAAUGAAAAUGCUAAAUUUUAGCGGCCAGUAUGGUGAAAAUGAGCGGCAGUGAGAAAGAAAGCGAGCAGGAACACAAGAAACAAAAUUUUUGAUGAGAACAUAAGACGUACGUUUCCUCCAUGAAACGUAUAACUAGAAAGUUUUACGCUGUAGUCGUGCAAGACAACGACAAAGAAAUGCAAAAAAAAAGUGUGCUGCACGUGCAAAGUUGUUGUUGUUUUUUUUUUUGUUGUUGCUAAUGAGAGGUAUUGUUUUUUUCUUGUUUGCGUGUUUGUUUUGCCGUUCUCGUUGCCUCCGUCGUUUAGCAUUACACGAUUGUAUUUUUUUGCCAGUAAAUUAUCAAGUACAGUGACGAGAGCUUCUCUGUUAGCCCUGGCUAAAUAUGUAUGUUAGUGUUGUUUGCAACCUUGCUUCUCAAACAUUGGUUAGAACAGGAGCCCAUAACCCGGAGCGUGCAACUGCCAUAAAUUCGUGCAACGGCGUUUUUACAAGUGAGUUUAUUUUUAGGUAAGCUUUUCCCGCGAAAAAUGACUGUUGUCGCUUGGACCUUUUCACAGUCGGCUGUUUCGAACAUGAUUUCGAUUUCCAUUUGCGUGAAUUAUGCGUUGUCGCCGAUGAAGUAGACGUCCCGGGCUCUUCUACGUUUUGCAGAUCUUCCUCUGAACCGCUAGUUUCCGUGUAAAUACUGAAAUUGUCGCUUGAAGUACUGUCAGAAGAAUCCUCUGAAGAUUCGUCACGUGCGUCCGCCAUGCUUUUUUUUCAAUGUGAAGAAGUUGUCCUGGUUACGUAUUAAAAGUUUAUUAUUGAUGAUGCACUUGCUUGUGAUUGGCUUUCCGAAAGCAAUUCGCGGGAAAGGCUCAUCUAAAAAUAAACCUACUUAUGAAAACGCCGUUGCAUAGGCGCAGUAUGGAAGAUAGACGCUCCGGGUUAUGGGCUUUUAGCUCUCGCUAUCUGGAUAUCCGCUCUAUUUUCGGGGAAAAUGUGGAGGCCGCAAGCACCGCCUUGAUUUUUUCGUGAAAUACGACCCGUUUCAUAUCGCAGAAUAUGUAAUAUGGAUUUCUAGUUUUCUUAUUGGCUGUAUUCUGAAUGGCGUGGGAUAAAACUCCUGGUCAUCGAAUACUCAAUUACAGUUGCAAUUAAUACUUGGCUCAGUGUCUGAGUAAGUAACGAGCAUUUUACACUCUUUUUUUCUCGCAGAGGCUUAUCAACAUGAAAGACUACGACAAGAAGCUGUACGAAAAUGUGGAGGAUUUAAUGAUUUAG